AUGGAGAAGUGUGAAUGCCUUGCAUAUUCUUACCAUAUAUGCCUGAAGUCUAUUUUCAAAGAACUGAACUUAUCUUAUUGCCAUAUGAUUCCAAAGCCAUGUACCUAUCCCCUUGUAGUGUACACAGUUGGUAUACGCAGUUCGCUGUAUCCUCCAAGUGAAGAGAUGAGACUGAAAGAGAUGGGAGCUGAGUUUUAUCGAACAUCUCGAGGCGGCCUCAUCACCUUCCAUGGCCCUGGUCAACUGGUAGCUUAUCCAGUUCUAAAUCUCCAAGUUUGGACCCCCAGUGUCAAGUGGUAUGUGUGCCAACUGGAGAAGACUAUAAUUGAGCUUUGUCACCAGCUUGACAUCUAUGCCUCAACCUCCCCAUAUACUGGAGUUUGGGUACAGAACAAGAAGAUUGCUGCCAUUGGGAUUCGAAUGAGUCGUUGGGUGACAUCACAUGGGAUUGGCCUGAACUGCAACACAGACCUCAGCUGGUUUGACCAUAUUGUUCCCUGUGGGAUUGCUGACAAAGGUGUUACUAGCCUCUCCCAGGAGGUUGGGGGAGAUGUCUCUGUGUCUGAUGCCACACCAUUCUUCCUUUCUGCAUUCUCACAUGUCUUCCAUUGCUCUUUCAAAUCACAGACUUUGGAUGAGCUGUGGUAUGAUUUGGAUAAUAGUUCAAGGUGAAAUCAUGUGAUUGAUUGUAGUGCAAUACUUGCAUCUUUGAAGGGUGUGCAAAUAGAUUCAGUAUGGAAAAAUAUGACUUUUUUCAUCAUUGAAUCAUAAUAUGUAAGAUAUGGAAUGCUACGUGCCUGCAGUAUAGAGGAGUGCAAAUGGCCUGAAAGAACACUUCUAGAAUGCAUGAAAAUCUCAAAGACCUGGAACAGAAAUAAAACUUGGCCAUGUGUGCUUAUUAUGAG